AGUUUGCCAAUCGUACGUCGUCGUAAAUCGUGCGUGACCCCAGUUUUUCAAAGAUGCCUACAACAAACCAACAGAGCGAUCAAUUUCAACAAUUUCUGGACCAGAAUCAGUAUUCCAGCAACAGUAUUUUACGUUAUGAGAAAAUUUUCGGACGUGGUUUUGUGAGCACUGGAGGUCUUGAAACAACCCAGGAAAUUGUUGCAAUGCUUAGUUUAAAACCAGGUCAAAAAGUUCUUGAUGUUGGUUGUGGAAUCGGAGGAUCUGGUUUCUACAUGGUGAAGAAUUUUAAAGUGGAAGUAUUGGGUGUUGACUUGUCAACAAAUAUGAUUGACAUAGGAAAACAGCGAGCCAAGGAAUUUAAGGAUGACAAGGUUGAAUUUGUGGUUGCUGACAUAACAACAGCAGAUUAUGCACCAGAAUCAUUUGAUGUUAUUUACAGUAGAGACACAAUUCUUCACAUUGCAGACAAAGAAUCCUUGUUUAAGAACUUCUUGAAAUGGUUGAAGCCUGGAGGAGAGCUUCUUAUUUCUGACUACUGCCGUGGUGCUAAUGAAUUGUCUGAGCAGAUGAAAGCAUAUGUUGCUAAGCGACAAUAUCACCUCCUGGCUCCAGCUGAUUAUGGAAAGCUUCUUGAGAAGGUUGGUUUUGUUGAUGUAAAAGCAAUAGACAACACCAAGAGAUUUAUUGAAGUUCUUAAGUCAGAGAGGAAAAGAUUUGAAACAGACAGGGACAUCUUCUUGAAGGAUUUCAAAUCGGAUGAUUUUGAAUACCUUGUUGAAGACUGGGAGACAAAGAUUGACCGCUGUGGCCGUGGAGACCAAAAAUGGGGUCUAUUCCAUGCCAAGAAAUCUUCUUAAAUCACUUUUUGCACAAAAAGAAGAACUUCGCGUGUAAGCGAAUUUUCCAAAGCGCCGUAGGAAUUAUAUAUAAAAUUUUUAUCGGCAAUUAUAGGAAUCAAAUCUUUCAGGUGCUCUAUUUUUAUUUAUUAGCUAAGCACAUGCAUGUUCGCUGCCAGUGAACUAUUUGUAUCUCCAAAAAUUAAUUUAAGAAAGGUUAAUAAAUCAGGUGGUGCUUUUAA